AUGAACCAUCCUGAAGAGAUCAACGAAACCCGCAACACUCAACUACCUCCACGCCGUCGUGGCCUUGGCCGUGCCGCCGCACGCUACCGGCUAUCGGCGCUCAUCUGCGUGCUCGGCUCAGUGAUGAGUGGCGCCAUCGCGCUCGUGGCGGAGCACCGCGACAUGAGCAUCUGGGUCAUCGGUUUCGACAUCUGCCUCUUCACCGCCGUCUACUCGGGGAUAGUGUGCUCUGGCGUGGCGUACUACGUGCAGGGGCUCGUGACGAGGGCGCAAGGGCCGGUGUUCGUCUCGGCGUUCCAGCCGCUUUGCAUGAUCAUCACCUCCGUCUUGGACUCCACAAUUCUCAGAGAAGAUAUCACUCUUGGAAGUGUGAUCGGCGCGGUGAUCAUAGCGGUGGGGCUCUACGCGCUCAUCUGGGGCUAGGGUGGCGACCACGCAGACAACGGCAAGCCGCUGGUCACUGCCACACCGUUGCACCAAGCCGCCGUGGCCUCAGCCGCAUCGCCACGCGUUGCCGGCCGCCGGCGCUUGCGCUGCUGCGUCCGGCUGUCGCCCCGCACC